GGGGGGUAAUUUUGUUGUCAUCGCCGAAGAUGAUUGAACGGCCAUGGCGUCAGAUUUUCACGCCUGAAAAGAAGUGAUUUUACGUAUCGCAGGCUGCACCUCGAUGCGAAGUUUUUCAGCGAAAAAGGCGAAGUAAAGGGUAAAUAUUUAGAAAACGAUGACUCUGUGUGCUAACGUCGGCUAGCGUAAGAGUGAGCUGUCCUGGUUUUUACCCGGCGGUGCCAUUGUUGUUUUGAACUGAAGUUAGAAUAAGGCGAUGAAGAGUAGGCCGCUUCAACCGAGCGGACGGUCAUUUUAGCUGGGGGGUAGCCCGAAUGGAUGUUAAUUUAGCGUGAAUGACGGUUACACACUCAGAAAAGACACACCGCUUAUUUAUUGACGGUGCUAAGCUACAACGUUAGCGCCGACUGAACGGGUCACAUUUAACGUAACGUUGCUGGGCGUGGAAAAGACAGGUGUUGGCGCUCGUGCCUGCUAAGCUUUCAUUUCACAUGUGUCGAAAUAGGUACGAGUUCAGGUCUACUGUGUGUGUGUUUUUGAACAUGUCAUGAAAGAAGGUGUUUUUCAUUGAUUUCAGGGCCUUUAUGAAAGCGGAGACGACAAGACACCCACACUUGGAGAUGUGUACUACCCAGACCCAGACCCAGCUGUGCUCCAGGACUGAGUCUUUCUGGCGACCAGCACCUUCACCAGAACCAGAGCUGUUUUAGAUGGAUGACCCAGACUGAUGAAAACGCUUGAAUCAUAGUUUCUGAGACUCAGCUGUUACAUUAACAACAAUGUCUGUCUCCGUGAGUACAGUAACUAUCUUAAUAUGUGUGUUUUUACAUUUACAUGACUAAUGAAAUCAAGAUUGUGAUCUUCUUGGCUUGUUUUUUCCCCUUUUAUCGUUUACUUACUAUGUGGUUUAAUGUAAAUGUAUUUUACAGGGGUUCUCAUUGCCUCCAUUACUGUCCUGUGAGGGUCCCACAUGGCUCAAUUGAGCCUCAGCGUCCCCAGGGGGUUGGUUUAGAAAAUGAAAGGGGGCCUGACUCCUUGGCUUUGGGUUGGCAAUUAAAUCCUAAACGGCAAGGGACAGAUGUGCCUCUUAUCCCCUCCCCCCCUCCCUCUCAUCUCGCUCAUUACCAUUAAGCCCCUGUGUCCAUUUGAUCAUUGAUCCUCCCUGACUGAGCCCCUCUUUUUCUUCGCUUCAUGGUUGCUGACACAGCUGUGGAUUUUGAAUAUGUCAUGAUGCCUUUAAAUUUUAAAUUUUGUCUGUGUGUGUGUGUGUCUGUGUGUUCACCCCCCUUCUUCCUGUCCCUCUGUCUUCCUCAUGGAUGUUUUACGGGAUCUUCCCUAUUCACUCCUAUUCACUUUCCAUUCAAAAGCCCCAAACAAUCAGCCUUUUUGUAGCCCUGACUUGACUUAGCAGAGUCAAUGUACUUGUUUGUUUGUGUUGCAUUGACACAGGAGACUUAAGCUUGUGUGAAUUAAGGCUUUGGGUUACUUCCAUCUGUGAUUUCUUCUCCUGUUUGUCCUCUUUCUCAGACGGUUUUGGCAAAGGCGCUCUUCGACAACACGGCAGAGAGCCCGGAGGAGUUGGCUUUCCGGAAAGGAGACAUCUUGAUGGUUCUUGAACAAGAGCAGAGCGGUGGACCGGGUUGGUGGCUCUGCUCCCUUCAUGGCAGACAGGGUAUUGCUCCUGCCAACCGCCUCCGACUCCUGCAGACCGCCCCUCCCCCAGGUUCAGGCCCCUCUGAGGACUCGGUCUACCUAACACCUGGACUGGCCCGGACUGCUGUGAGCGGCAGUACAGAGGACAUAGAUGGAGUCUAUCGCUCUCCACCCAGUGUGGGUGAGGGACGAGGAGCUGGAGCUGCUUCUAGACCUGGGGAGCUUCGCAGGGUGGAAGGUGGACGUCCACGCUCGCACUCCAGCUCUGGCACUCGGCCCAGACCUGAUUGGGAUAUUGGGAUGGAGGGGCGUCCUCGCUCGCCCUCUCUGAGAGGACGAGGAACAGACAUGUCAGGAACUCUUUAUCAGUCUCCUGUUAGUCCUAUGCCUCUAAGGCAACCAGGGUCUGUUACAGCUUCAGAGUCCGUGUACCUCGCUCCAACUGGAGUACCACGAGCAGCUGAUGAACCAGAAGACACUACAUAUCUAGUCCCGAGGGAAACAACAGGACAAUCGGAUGACUGUUACUUGGUCCCCAAAGGGACACCACUUGCAGGUGAUGAAGUUUAUCAAUCCCCCACAGGAGGUGCUGUCUGCUCUAACGGCCCCUCACUGGUCAGCGGAUCACCCGGAACCCCACAGCCCAAAGUGAGCCAGGACACACCCGGGAUGUACCAAACACCCACUGCUGCAGGAGCAAACCAUCACAGGACUCCAGCCACGGUCUUAGCCCACCAGCACCCAUCCUCACUGACCCCCGCUCAAGCAUCUCCCAGACCUCUGCAGAAGGGAGUAGCCAGGGGCAAGCCUGGCCUAGCUGGUCACAGAGGGUCCCCUUUGCUGAUCAGAGCUGGGCAAGUCAGGGUUCCCGGAUCACCAAAUUUCGCCCGCAAACCUCCUCCACCCGCACCUCCAGUGAGAGGGGUCACCAGGAAAGAUGCGCAGCAAGCACAAGCCACACCAGUGGACUCAAACUCUGCACCUAAACCCGCUGCUCAGGUCCCCUCUCUGAUCCUGCAGCAGCAAGAAGCGGACAAACAGAAGGGAACUCCUACGAGUCAAGAGGAAAAGACGAACAAUGGUCUGGAAAACAACAGCAGCAUGCCGAACAAGAAGGGAGAGAGUCAGGAUUACUCAGAAGCUGUGGACGACCAGGUAUGUGGUAACAGUCACUCAGUCUGAAACCCUGCUUACGCAAGAACGGCAUCAAUGAAGUCUGCCCUCUGUGUUUCUAAAGCAACCUCUUUCACUACUAAAAUAGGUUAAACUAGUUAAGUAUGCUUGGCAGGGCAGGACUUGUAUGAAUUUGUAAUGAAAACAGAAUCGAAGCGCGCAUACGCCUGAGUUUUUAUUAGGACAGUGAGUACAAAUCAGGGCUGCACAGUGUUGGGGGGGGGGGGGGGCUGACAGUCCCACAUUUCUCUCUGUGAUUUUUACUGCGCUAUGAUAAAAAAUAAGUAAAUAAACCAUGUAUAUUUUGUGUUUUUCCCUUGUGCAUAUAUAUAGUUGAACAGUAGAAGUCAUCUGACUGUUUACUUCUGACAAAACAAACUUUUAUCUUAGUUUUCCGCACAGCAGAUCAAGGUUUAAAAGAUGUGUUUUUGGUGUUUGCAACAUGUUUCUCCUGAAUCCAAAAUAUUUAAUAGGCGGUUUAUCCUUUUUUUCAACACUGUCAAAUGCUUCUCUGCCUGAUCGGUUCAUCAAGUCUAUUUACAGGAAUAUAAGAGUUCUCAGUAUAUGCAAAUUUCUCUUGACCAAGACAGGCAUUUCAGAUCAUUUAUCUUUGUUUUGCCUUUGCUAGGUAUAUGAUACCCCUCCUAGUGGCAGGUGGCAGCGUCCAGUCCCAUCUGCCCUUGGGAACGAUGACGGCAUCUAUGACACCCCUCGAAGCGUCCCACCACAAGCCGACUCUGAGAACGAGGUAAAGACACCACUGAGCCACGGAUACACUCGUCCUGUUAGCAGCUGUUUGAGUUUGAAUCCUCACGCCGCCGUGACUUUUAUUGCUCGCUUAAACUUGUUUUAAAUGAUAGUUUUAUGAUUGUGAUUGGCACUUAAAAUGAUUGAUCAAGUAAUUUCUGGGAACUGUCGUAAACUGGUGUGUCAACGUCAUGUCUGGGCAAGUUAAAGGGUUUCCGCAGCAAGAGAGACGAUCAAAGACUGUGUCACUAUUUCUUCCCACAUUCUCCUUCCUGCCUGCCCCUCCUCCUCCUCCUCCUCUGAGGCGAGGCCACACCUGUCUCUCUUUGCUGUGGGAGCCUGUCUAUCCAGUCCAAAUGCUGCUGCUGCUAUUUUCAACUAGUCGCACCCAUCUGUCAGGGCCAUGCCAAGGCCAUACCACCAAGCAGCCCCCUCCUUAGCCAGGGGACCCUCCCUCUAGCCAGCUGUUGGAUUACUGUGUCCUGUUAAGUUGCUGUUGCUGUUGCUGGGCUUGUUGCUUUUACACUAAGCACUGUAAGAGGACAUAUUAGCUUUAAAACAGUUUCAUCCACCAGGUUGAAGUCCUCAAAACUCUCUCUGUAUCAAUUCUCCCACUUGUAGGUCUAUGACGUCCCCACUAACUCCCAUAAUGUGUCCACAUCUGAUGCCCAGCCUGACGAAGUGGACGAUGAAGUAUACAGUGUCCCUACACUUCCAGGUGUGCCUCUUGGACCUGGGGAGUCCAUCACCAGCCUCUCUGGAGAGGAAGUCACCCAGAUCGGACAGCUCUAUGGUGUCCCCGGAUCCGACAAACGUGCCAGUGGAGGGAGUCACAAUAGAGACUCUUCUGAGCCUGACUGUGGCAUCUACGAUAUGCCUGCUUUGACCUCUGAAAUCCUCACCCACUCCCUGUCGUCCUCCUCCACGUCCACACGCCGACUUUCUGUGUCUAGUAACGGCUCAGGUGACGUGCAGUGGCGGGUGUCUCUUUCAAACCUCGUCCACUCGGUUCUGAGUGCAGCCACCUGCCCUGCUUCCUCUCUGUCCUCUCGGGACCUGGCCACCUCGCUGGCUGAAAUCCUGUCCACCUGGAAAGCCAGCCACUCGGACGAUCCUCCGCCACCCCUCCAGCAGGCAUGGGCUCGCCUGUCGGACCUUCUGCCAGCACUAUCUGCUAUCGGCAAUGCCCCUCCAUCUGAAGGACUCUUGUUGCUGGUCCAGCGCUCCCUCGAGGAGAGCUCCCUCCUAUUGCAGGCACAGGGCCGCCCCCGUUUGCCUUCCCAGGAUUCCCUGUCACGCAGGCCGCUUCCUGCACUCCCUGGGUCUGAUGGGAAGUCAUCUGGAGGUGGGAUGGGGUCCCGUAAAGGCAGCUGGAUCCAGGAGAGGCCCCUGCCUCCAACCCCUCAGCCUGCUUUCCCCUUGCCUCCCACUCCGUCAACUGUGACACUUACAGUUGGCCCCAUGGAUGGAGAUGAUGACCCCAGUAAUGAGUACGCUGGGAUCGGCUUGACCCCCAUCCCUGUACCCGUUCCUACUGGAGACAGUGUUGGAUAUGUUAAGCUGCAGGUCAGUUUUCAGUGUGAAAUUGAGGAUUUUUCAAGAAGAACAUGCAUGAGAAAAACCAGUCAGUCAAAUUUAUAAGUGCAAGACGAUAAAACGGUUGUGUGAAAUAUAAUUUAGUUUAUAAACACUCAACCCCCGUACCAAGUUUUUUUUCCAGUAUCCGUCUGAUACUGGUAUCAGUAUUGGUAAAUGUAUUUGUAUUGAUAAUGGCAGAUCCUUAAAGACUUGCACUGUUUUUUGUGUUAGCUGCAUUCAUCUUCAUAGUACGACACAUAUCAGUAACACAUAUCUGUGUUAGACACCCCAUUGAGACUUGAAUGUUACUGACUGCUUGCUUCUCUAGUUAUACCAACUUUAGUAAUGACCGCGCGUUAGCAGUACACAGCGGUCUGAGGAAUCAUAAACAAACCUCAAGCAAAAAACACCUACUCACCUACUCUCUUCCAGCAACCGCUUGUUUGUGGCAAGACCUCGGGCCAGUCCAUUAUGGACUUCUUCUGCCUUAGCGUCUCAGUCUGAUUGCAUUUCCAUGAAGAAAUGAUCAUAAAUGUUCUUCCUUGAGCUGCGACACCCCGCUGCAGUCUGCAAUGGACUGGCCUAAGGUCUCGCCAUAAACAAACGGCUGCUGGAAGAGAGUGAGUUGUGUUAAGUCUAUUUGCCAAAGAAAUUGGGCAAAGUUAAAAAGAUGUUUGGUGGCUAUUGCUGUGGCUAGGACCCUAUAUGUACUGUUGAUGAAGUUAGGUGCUGUUCUGAGCAUUAUUUGUGGCUAUAGAGUGGCAUUUUGGUUAAGGUUUGUUUAUGGCUCCUCAGACCGCUGUGUAUUGCUAUUGCGCGGUCAUUACUAAAGUUGGUAUAACUACAGAAGCAAGCAGUCGGCAACAUUCAUCUCUCGACAGGGUGUCUAACUCGGUGUCACAGUGGGUUUGACCCUAAAUUAAUUUUACGCUGGAAUAUCCCUUUAACCGUCAACUCUUGAUACCUUCUAUGUUGUUUUCUGUUGAUGACACAUUUAAAACAAGACUGUAAAUGAGUCAGCUAACACGGUAACCAUUCCCACACCAGGGUAAACCUGAUCCACCUCCUGAUGGCCUGACUGAGAAUGGACAGACUAUCACCACAGAGCCGAGGGUGAGUAUUAUUCCAUCUCUACCCGUUAUCCGCGGCUCCUACAGUCCAAAAGCUGAAUGUUCAUUUGUUAUGUGGGGAGUCCCCACAGAUAAGUCAUUGAUUCACACUUUGUUAGCUGUUUACUAAUGAGCGCCGUGACUCAUCAAUCCAGCCUGCAGCAGCUCUUUGACUCCUGAUGAACUCUACACCUCUCGUGUUUACCCAAUACCACCUGACUUAAUCUCACAUGAACCUUUGUCACAUCAAUGUGUUCACACAUCUGCGCUCGGAGCUUUGCUGUUUAUGUUACAGCUGAUGUUUGUUUCUCAGAUAUGAUGAAAGUCUGAGAUUUGAAAAACACACACAAGCCUCAAAUUAUCACAGUUUGUCUUGCGGUAUCUCUUCUGUCAGUUAUGCCUGCCGGCGCUUGAGAGUGAGGUCGUGUUUUCUUAUCACUCAGUCUGCAUUUCUCUCUGCUCCUUACGAGACUCCCUUGGUUACGCCAUAGACGACCAACAAGAGGUCUCUUGUAGAUCUGAACAGACUUCUCUCACAUAGAAACGGAGGCUGUCGGACAAUAAGAGACUGAACACAGUCAUUCUUUUAACAGUGCCACUUGCUGAAGUACUGUAUAUGCAUGUUUAUGCGUGACUACUCCUCCUGCAUUACAAGAACAAAAUCUGUCUCACUUUUUCAAACACGUUUCUCUGAAAAAGUCGAUUUUUACUUAGCUGAAAAGCCUUUAUGCACAGAUGGAUGUUAGUGUCUGAUUACAACAACUCUCCACGCUUGCUCAUGCUUCGUCUCUAUCACCUGGCCUUGUGUAACUGUAGGGUUGUUUCUUCCUUGUACGAUCACAAAAGUCACACGAGAAUUCAGCGAGACCAGUGUGAGAUUUGCUCAAAUUGUGACAUCACUAGAGCGGAAUUCUCCUUCAAAGGGCAUGAAAUGAAAAAGAAAUGUAACUUUAUUCAGAGUGCUUGGUUCCGGAAUGCCGGAAUGCCACUCUCCUUAAAGGGACAGUGACCUAAAGUUUACAAGCUUUUGUUAAAAUUAGAAUGUGUCGUUAUCAGUGUGUUGAAUUUGGUCCAGUGAAAAAAGACACUUUGUUUUUGGUAACUUGAGACGAAUACAGAUAUUUGAAGAUGUGCUCCAAACAUUCACUUAACAAUCUUCCAUGUCCAAGGAAACAUACACAUCUUAGAACCUGGGGGUGGAAUAUUUUGGGAACUUUACUUUUAAAAAUGUUAUCAAAAAAGGGCUGAUUUUUGUUGUAACAAAUACACAAGUCAACUUUUCUUCUCCACUGACAGAAAACACUUGUGUUCCUGCGUUUUUAUCUGUUCCAUGUCCUUGUAAAAACUGUUUUUGUCCUUUUGUUCCCCACAGUUGAGCCCAUCCCCUGCUCUCCCUGUUUCCCUCUCCCUGGAGGACUCAGAGCUGCUCUCCUUCUACUCGUCUCAGAGCCUCGCUCACCUCUCCUGUCUGGCAGACGCCAUCGACGUACUCUUCAACAGCGUGCAGGGGAACCAGCCUCCACGCAUCUUUGUCGCCAGAGGAAAGAGUCUCAUCGUGACGGCGCACAAGCUGGUGUUCAUCGGGGACACGCUGUCCCGCCUCCUGACUUCUGCUGACCUCAGAGCCAAGGUAGAGAAAUCCAUUCAGACGUCUGUUUCACGACUUCGUAUGUGUGAAAUCCAGAGAUAUGCAUGGCGAGGAAAACAUGCAGAAGUUGUAGCUGUUCGUCGGCGCACAGACAGGCUUUUGUUUUAACCCUGUAGACCCCAAAAUGUUUCAAAAUAAUCUCUGGGAACUUUUAAUAAAGUAAGCAUUUAUUAGUUUUAAUUUGAUACUUUGAUAAAGAGAUUUUUGAUGGUAAUAAAAUAAACUAAAAGUCAUAUUGUUGUUUUUUUGAUAUCCAAAUGCAAACAAGACAAUCGGCAUCCAGGAUGAAACAAAAACUGAGAUCUUUCUCUUGAUAACCCAGGCUAAAAGUUGGAGGCUUAUUAGUGUGUUCGUAAUUAAGGGUUCCCAAACCCACAGUCGACAUCCUUCUUAUUUGUAAAGGCAAAAAUGUCUUCUCUCCUGCAGAUUACAACCUCCGGGGGACGACUCUGCCAGGCCUUGAAGUCAGUCGUUGUGGCAACAAAGGGUGCCGCACAAAACUACCCAUCAGUCUCCGCGAGCCAGGAGAUGGUUGACCGCGUGGCCGAGCUCUCGCAGCAGGCGGCCGGCUUCACCACGCUGCUGCAGCGUCUGGCAGAAGUAUCCUCAUGAUACUUUAGAUCACUCGACAUAAAACGGAAAAACUUUGUUUACACUACACACACACACACGUUUUCUCUUCUCUUUGAAAUGCCUUAUUUGUCGUGCGAGUCUUUCUUCACCUUUGGUUGGAAUGGGAUUGAAGCGAGUUUUGCUGUCGCUGAGCUGGGAUUUGACUCCUCUGUCCUUAAAGUGUGUGUUGGUUUGCCUUUUGUUUAUAUACUGACCUCUGUGCUUUAACGCCAGGCACACUUCUCUUUUGAGUGUUAACUUAUUGAGUCUUUGAAGCUCCUCUGUGGCUUUCAGAGUCCGCGUGGACUGUUUAUCUUGGGAGCUUUGCUUUAUUAUGUUUGCCAUAUUUUCCUCUCCUCAUAUGAUAGCCAUUUUUUCCCUUCCUUCCUUUAUUUAUUCAGCCAUCCCCCCUCUUCCAAAAAUAGCACAGAUGGAGGCCUUACAUCCUGGUUCUGGCCUACUUUUUUUUGCUGUGAUACCUGAAAGGCCUUUUGUUGUUACCAUUCUGAAACUGUCGAAGCAGCAUAUGGUUCGUUUCGGGGGCUCAAAACGGAUGAAGAAGCAUCCCUAAUCUGUGCAAGUAUGUGUUGUGUUUGUGUCGUCCAUCAUUUCUGCUGGAAUGCAAAAGAUUAACAGCAGCGUUACAUGUCAUCCCGAGUGAAAUCUCUCCCUCUACGUUCAACUUUCACUCCUCCCCAGCUUGUGAAGACAGUAAAAAUCCUGUCUGACGGAGAGAGAGAAAAAAAAAACACCUGAGAUGAUGUGACUGAGAGAGAUUAACGAUCGCUGGGUGACGAAUUGCGUAAUCCCUGUCUCUUUCCCACAGUCACAUGGCGGCUUUUCGGCGGAUAACAAACCAGUUGACCAAGCUCUCCUGUCUGCACUCGUCUUGUUGUGAUCUGCAUGCUUACAUUUCUUUGCCGCUCAUCUUUUGAGAUUCUCACCGAUGUCUGAAGUGCGUUUUUUUUACACAUCUGCUAUGAUCGUUUCACGUUUGUGCUGUGAGGGUGCACAGUAAAAACCGAAUGCUGGGUAAACACUUAAAAUACAUAAUACAUGCAAGCAAGAAGUGGAACGAACAUCACUUUGACUGUACAACAUGAUUUUACUCUUUCCUUGUCAGGGUUCAGUUAUGAAUAUUUGAUGUCUCCCAUGUACCUACCCCUAGUUAAAACUGUGAAAUGAAGCAGCACGCUCGUUUUCAUCGAAAUGGGUGAAGUUUAAAUCGUAAAUCCAACAAACUAAAUGCCUCUUGACCAUCUCAGACUUCUUUUUGUACCAUUUUUCCUUUUAUAUCAUGAGACAACCUUAUGUGCUCGACAAAGUUGGAUUAUAAUCCUUUCUGUAUCAUAUUUCUUUCAGGUCUUUUUAUAUCCAAAUAUGUGUUCUCAGUAAUUGCAUACUUAUCCUUUCAGUUUUGAGGCUGACUUUAAACCUGUCUGUCCUCGUUUUUACAUUUUCCCUGCUGCAGUGCCACCUUGUGGAGAUUUGAAGUAUUACCUAUUACCUGCCUGCCAUAACAGUCACUUUGACGUUUGUAAGGCAAGAGCAUGACGGGCAAAUAACAUUGAGCAUUAUAUUUAUUAAUGUUACUUUUUUUUAAAGUUAUUUUCUUUCCAGUUUGCAUGGCUUUAAUUUUCUCGAGUUUUCUACGGUAUAUGCACAUCCUUCAUCAGGGGACACUUCACUUGGUUAUUUGCAAUGAACAAAAAUGUUUUUUUAACUAUGUUCCAGUUAAAAAUGGCUGUAUUUCUUUUCUACAAGAAGUUUUUUACACUAUGUGAACUCAUUUGAGUUUGGAUUUGCUGAGGUUAAGACACUAUGACUUUUCUCCUACACUAAGCAGACCUUAACUCCUUUACUUUUAACACUACAUUUGAUGUCUGUCUUGUACUCAUGUUCCGAAUGCACAAAUACAUCUUUUACAAUUAAACCGAUGUGUUUAUUUGA